GAAUUUUCUGGUCCUUCCAGCUCUCCUCCUCGUCAUCUACAUCCAUCCGUAACAUCCUCGUCCUCCUCAUCGUCUUCCUAUUGUUGUCCCUGAUCUUAUCUCCCUUAUAGUGAAAGAUAUAAUAGAUUCAGUUUACCGCUCAAGAACUCGCCUUAUUGUUUGCCUUUACAGCAUACCCGAAUUUCACUAUGUCUCACGGGUCCUAUUCUUCUCACUCCCAAUCCAUCAUGACCGAAGACGAAGGAGACUGGGAGCACUACGUCAAGGGUGGCUAUCAUCCUGUUCACAUAGGUGACUCCUUUUCAGAAGGCAGGUAUAUCGUAGUCAGGAAACUCGGUUGGGGCCAUUUCGCAACAGUAUGGCUCGCAAAAGACACAAAGUAAGCAGGCACAUAUAUCGGACCCACUCGUACUCUCAUAUAU